AUGAUGCAUGGAAACGCCUUAGAAGCUGCCGCUCCCGUAUCUGAAACGUGCAAGAAACGGAAAUGCCUGAGAAACGGCCGAGAAACGUUUUCGGCAAGUAUCGACUACACACGAAACGUUUCUCGCAAGUAUCGUGCGCGUUUCCUUUUUUUGCAUGGGCUUUUAUUACGUGGUGAAGUAAUGGGCUUUAAUCGAACUACCGACGGUACCGGGAUUUCUAUUUGCAAGAAAGCAACAACAACUGACAAACUUAACAUGACACAAUUAGAAGAUGAGUAUGAAAAGAAGAAAACCGAGUCACAAGCAAAAGAAGUUCAGUUGCCAUGUGAAGCUGGUGUUGGAUUUAAGAAAAGAAAAGGUAUUUCAACACCUAUUGAAAGAGCUUUUGGUGUUGAAAUUAGGGACCAACUGGAUCAAGAAAUAGCUAGAAUGUUUUAUACCGGAGGUUUACCUUUUAAUCUUGCAAGAAAUCCACACUAUGUAAGGGCUUUUCAGUUUGCUGCUAACAACAAAAUUGAUGGUUAUGUACCUCCUGGUUAUAAUAAGCUAAGAACAACAUUACUACAAAAAGAAAAAGAUAAUGUUCACAAGCUAUUGGAGCCACUUAGGUUAACAUGGAAAGAAAAGGGUGUGACUAUUGUGAGUGAUGGUUGGAGUGAUCCUACAAGAACACCUCUAAUCAACUUCAUGGCUACCUCAGGCAAUGGUCCUUUGUUUCUAAAGGCAGUGAAUUGUUUUGGGGAAGUGAAAGAUAGAUUUUUUAUUGCUGAAUUGAUGAAGGAAGUCAUUAAUGAAAUUGGUCAUGAAAAUGUUGUGCAAAUCAUUACCGAUAAUGCAGCAAAUUGUAAGGCGGCUGGAGAGAUUAUAGAGAGUCAGUUUCCUCACAUCUAUUGGACACCAUGUGUUGUUCAUACACUUAAUCUUGCUUUGAAGAACAUUUGUUCACCAAGGAAUGUGGAAACAAAUGAACUAACAUAUGAACAGUGCCGCUGGAUAAAAGAAGUUCAUGAAGAGGCGUUUGCAAUAAAAAAUUUCAUCAUGAACCAUAACAUGAGGCUCUCGAUUUUCACCAAGUUUACUCCUCUUAGGUUGCUUUCUGUUGCUGACACUCUCUUUGCCUCCAUCAUUGUGAUGCUUAAGAGAUUGAAACUUAUCAAAAGGGGUCUUAAAGCUAUGGUCAUAAGCGAAGAAUGGUCUUCUUAUAGAUUAGAUGACACUGAGAAGGCAAACUCUGUGAAAGAAUAUAUUUUGAAUGAUGAUUGGUGGGAUAAAGUAACAUAUAUUCUUAGUUUCACUGGACCUAUAUAUGAGAUGAUUAGAGCUUGUGACACUGACAAGCCAUGUUUACACUUGGUCUAUGAGAUGUAG